CGCACAGAGACAUCUCGAGAUGCUGGCACCUUAUUCUGCUCCGCGCACUAUAAAAGGCAUCCUUAGCCCCUGUUCUCCAAGCUCUUUUGAACACCCUUCAUCUGCGUUUCCCACCCACACACCUCUGUCUGUUUACCCAUCCCAAAGCUGCCUCUUCCCUCUCUCCCCUUACAACGUCUCAACCCUCCUCACAACACCACCAUGAAGUUCCUUGCUCUCCUCUCCGCUGUUGCCAUCUCGGCCGUCGCUGCCCAGUCCGCUGAUGACGAGGGUCGUCUUUUCUACACCGAGCCCACCACUGCUACCGUCUGGACCGCCGGCAAUAACCACACCGUCAGCUGGAACAACAAGUGCAAGUCUGAGAACACCGGCGACUUGAACAUUGUUCUCUACCUCGGUACCGGAGCGAACGGCGGCACGGAGCAGGUCCGCGUUCCUGGCAUUGAGGCCAUCGGCAAGUUGAACUGCUUGAAGGGCAACACUGCCACCGUCGUCCUCCCCGCCAACUUGACCACCAGCGAUAAGUAUGCGCUCCACGUCGAUACUGAGCCCCUCCAGUCGUACUCUUCGCCCUUCACCAUUAAGGGCAUUGACCCCCCUGCGGCCUCCUCUGCCGCCGCUUCUACUUCAGCCGCCGCCACCACCACCAUUGUUGCGCCCCCCACUGCCCCAAGCUCGGCUACUCCUUCGCCCAGCAAGGUCGCUGAUGACAAGACCAGCGCUGCUGGAUCGCUCAAGACUCUCGGUGCUGCUGCCGUUGUCUUCGCUGGUGCCGUCAGUGCCUUGUUGAUCUAAUUUGUUCACCAAUCCAGUGUUGCAGACACGUUCUUUUUAUUCCCCGCAUGCCAAUCUAGGAAAGAAUGCGAAUGCAUGAACGCUUAUAUACCUUCCUACGACUCCGACUCCCCUCAUCGCAGCUCUCAUAUCUAGUAAUAAACAGUCAAGUAAUUGCACAACUUAGAAAAAAUAUUAAAUUAUGGCGCGUGUAACCAAGAUAGAGCCGUUGCCAG